AUGGACUCAAAACGAGUGACGGAAGCUGCCCUUGAGCGUUACAAGUACUCGUACAAAAAACAGACAAAGAAAGUGAGACCGACAAAAAAAUCGUCUUCCGAGACAAAGUGUUCAGAUACAAAAGCUAAAAAGUCAAACUUUGAGAAAGAUUCACAGUUGGAGCCACCGGAAGCAGCCGAGGCUAACAAAGUGAUGGCUUUGAGCUCUCCAAGACGAAGUCCUUCUUACACUCAGGCGAUGUGCCAGCUAGAAAAUGGCUGUCUGGCGAAAAACGAAACAAAAACGGGUUGCAACCAAAAGUCGAACUCUUUGAACUUCCGCAAAAAAGGCGAGUACAAAAUCGACGAGGAAAGUCCCGACGGGAUUACUUCUUGCCUAUCAGCCCUAAUCCACCAAACGAAGACGACGCUGGGUGCCAUCCGCGAGACGAACCUGGAUCGUAAGAGGUCAAGCUCUGUGGGUUCAAUUGUGCGAAACCGAAUCCAAUCAAGUGUUGUUGGUGGAAGUGAUAUGGACGUGCGUGUGGGGGCAAGGCUGGCUAGAUCCAGCUCGUGUCAACUCGAGAAGGAAGGGAAAAACAAUGGGAUCUCCUCCUCCGAUGUCGGAAAGGGAUCCAAAGACGCGGCUAAAGGAUCUAAGUCCGCAUCCAGCUCUGCCUCAGGGACACCGUCAAAGAGUCAACAGGCCACGUCCGUGAAACAAGCACUACUGAGCACCACUCAAAAGGUCCAUUCUACAGACUCAUCGACUCCAAGAUCCGGGUUCCAGCCACCAAAAGACAUGGGCGGAGGCACCAGCAGCAGUGGUGGGCAGGAGAAGGAGUCGAAAAGCGGGAGCCUGCGCAGUGAGAAGAACAAGAAGGAGAGCGAGAAGACAUUGCGGAAGGAAGGCGAAAGGCUGAAGAAGGACGGCGAGAAAAGCAAGAGUGAAAAUGAAAAGGGCAAGAAAGAUGUCGACUACGAUAUGCGAGCGACCAAUCACAUUGCCGCUCUGUUUGAAAUGGAGCGGGAGGUGUGUACUGUUUGCAAGGAGAAGAUGGUGCAGAAGGAGGAGCUGUGCUGCGGCCACAGCCUAUGCAAGCGAUGUUACCGGGAGAUCACAAAGAGGAAACCUAUCUGUCCGAUCUGUGGUACUGUUUACGCACCCCUCACUGGAGAUCAGCCGAAGAACGGUAAGAUGAGUGUCACUCUGGAGCAUAAACUAAAACUCCCUGGUUACGAGACCGCGAAUGGGACAAUCGUUAUCAACUACACAAUACCGGAUGGAAUCCAAGAGGUAAGGUUCAUUAACUUAUUAUCUAUAACAUUUCUACUUGUUUCUAUGUAUGAUCACUAA